AAGAUCUCAGAUCCGUUUCAGACAGUCUCGGUGAAAAAUAUCAUAUUUUAUCUCACCAAUGAAUCGGAUGCCUCUUCGUGUACGCCAGCUUUCCGAAUGUUUCCGGGAUAAAUCGUUAGAUCCGUGCUCGGUAGCCGAGCAAUCGAUAGCUGCGAUUGAUCGCUUAAAGCCCCUAAAUGCAUUCAUUCGCGUAGCAUCGGCCAAAGCACGACAGCAGGCGGAACAAGCGAGAGAACGUUAUCGCAAAGGUAGACCGAAAGGUGUCCUCGACGGGGUCACCGUUGCAGUGAAGGAUAACUUCUGCACCAAAGAACUGCACACGACAUGUGCCUCUCGAAUGUUAGAAAAUUUCAUCCCCACGUACAAUGCAACGGUGGUUGAAAGGCUGGAACAAUCUGGAGCCGUUUUGAUGGGCAAAACCAACCUGGAUCAGUUCGGUAUGGGAUCCGGAUGCGUGGACUCCAUUUUCGGCCCUACGCGCAACAGCUGGAGCGAAGACCUAACCGAUGACCGCUUUCGUAUAGCCGGUGGGAGUUCUGGCGGUUCAGCCGUUGCCGUUGCAGCAGGUUUGUGUUAUGCGGCACUUGGUUCAGACACCGGUGGGUCAACGAGAAACCCUGCUUCGUACUGUGGGGUUGUCGGCCUGAAACCAACAUACGGAUUAGUUUCGCGCUAUGGCUUAAUCCCGUUAGUAAACUCGAUGGACGUACCGGGUAUCAUGACCCGGACGACGGAAGAUUGCGCGAUGGUUCUAAAUGCCAUAGCCGGACCCGAUGACAAAGAUUCGACAACGGUUAAAAAGCGUUUUCUCCCUAUAGAACUAGGAGACGCGUUAUCUUCCUUAAAAGGAAUACGUGUCGGAAUACCGCAACAGUACCACUGCGUUGGACUGGACAAAGAGGUACUGGAAACAUGGACCAUCGUAGCGGACAUGAUGCAGACGGCCGGAGCCACGGUUUCUUCUGUCUCGAUGCCAAACACGGCAUCAUCCAUUUUCGUCUACUCCAUUCUAAAUCAGUGCGAAGUGAGCAGCAACAUGGCCCGCUACGACGGCAUUGAGUAUGGCCACCGAUCUAAAGAGGACGCGAGUACCGAGCAAUUGUACGCCAAAACGAGGGCCGAAGGUUUUAAUGACGUUGUUAAGAAUCGAAUCCUGGCCGGAAACUUCUUCCUGCUUCGUCGCAACUAUGAAAAGUACUUUCAGAAAGCACUCAAAGUGCGGAGACUUAUAUCAGACGACUUUGUACGUGCGUUCCGGGAGGUGGACGUUCUGCUAGCACCGACCACGUUGAGCGAUGCCCCGUUGUUUAAGGAUUUCAUACGCAACAAUAACCGCGAUCAAUGUGCGGUGCAAGAUUUCUGUACGCAGCCCGCGAAUAUGGCUGGCAUUCCGGCGUUAUCGGUGCCAAUACGGCUUUCUUCUCGCCGUUUACCGUUAAGCUUGCAACUGAUGGGCAAUUCGUUUUCCGAAAAAUUCCUUCUCAGCGUCGGCGGUUGGAUAGAAAAAGAGGUUAACUUUCUAGCUUGUUAUCAAUGAUCGCAAAAACGAAACUAAAGCAUUUACAAAUAAAGUGCUAAUAGCAGAUGUAUUUAUUUCACAUAGCCAGCCACUGUCCGG